AUGAGCAAAGAUCAAUGCAGCAGCAUGGCGAAGGCAUGGGAGGCCACGAUACGAAAAACACAGGCCGCGAGAAAGCGCGCAAACAGCAUCUUUGGGACGAUAUCCGUGGCCCAUGCCGACGAUGAAAACGAUCAUGAGUAUACAGAAAAAAUUGCAGAGACAUACAAUGUUGAAAAGAUUUUGCCAAAUGGAGACUACUAUAUGGGGCAGUGGUACGAUAAUUUCCCUCAUGGACAAGGAAAAUAUUUGUGGGUGGACGGAUGCAUGUAUGUAGGAGAAUGGUAUAAAGGGAAAACAAUGGGAAAAGGAAGGUUUAGUUGGCCAUCAGGGGCUACUUAUGAGGGAGAAUUUAAAAUGGGAUUUAUGGAUGGAAAUGGUACAUAUACUGGGUCAAACGGGGAUACUUAUAAAGGGCAAUGGUUGAUGAACAUGAAACAUGGUCAUGGUGUAAAACGAUAUGCCAGUGGAGAUUGGUAUGAUGGUGAAUGGCGAUGUGGAGUUCAAGAAGGGCAUGGGAAAUACCAUUGGAAGAAUGGUAAUUUUUAUGUUGGUGAAUGGAAACAAGGACUAAUUUGUGGGAAAGGGAUUUUUGUAUGGAGUAAUGGGAAUGUAUAUGAUGGUUUUUGGGAAGAUGGUGCACCAAAAGGAAAUGGGACUUUUAAAUGGCCUGAUGAGAGUUUUUAUGUGGGAAAUUGGAGUAAGGAUCCUAGUGAACAAAAUGGGAAUUAUUUUCCUUCGGAAUCCGGGUUGGAGAGAAAUUUAGAGUGGGAUCCUCAGAAUAUUUAUAAUGUGGAUUUAUUGGAUUGUAGGAUUUCCCAUGGAGAAAAAGUUUCAGUGAUGCCAUCACAAAAGAAAUUGGCAGUGUGGCAUUCUUCAAAAGGGGAUCAUGAUAAGCCAAGGAGGGUUUCAGUUGAUGGGAGGGUAAGUGUGGGUGUGGAGAGGCCACUUGAUAGAAUGCAAAUGUGGGAUGGCGAUGAUAAAAAUGCCUUACCCGGGAGGGUUUCAGAUGGUGAUUUGUAUGUUAAUUAUCAAAAUGAUCAUACUAGGAAUACUUUAGAGCCAAUAAGAUUACCAAGGCCUGGAAAAAGACAAGGAGAUACGAUAAGUAAAGGCCAUAAAAAUUAUGACCUUAUGCUUAAUUUGCAGCUUGGAAUCAGGCAUUCAGUGGGAAGACCUGCUCCAGCAGCAUCCUUUGAUUUAAAGGCCUCAGCUUUCGAUCCAAAGGAAAAAGUAUGGACAAAAUUUCCACCAGAGGGAACUAAACACACUCCACCACAUCAAUCCUGUGAAUUUAAAUGGAAAGAUUACUGCCCAUUAGUCUUCAGGACAUUGAGAAAAUUGUUCAAGGUGGACCCAGCUGAUUACAUGAUAUCUAUUUGUGGAAACGAUGCCCUGCGGGAGCUUUCAUCUCCUGGUAAAAGCGGUAGCUUCUUUUACUUGACCAAUGAUGAUCGCUACAUGAUCAAAACAAUAAAGAAGUCCGAACUAAAAGUCCUUUUAAGAAUGCUUCCAGCCUACUAUAAUCAUUUUCGAGCCUUUGAGAGCACUCUCGUCACCAAAUUUUUUGGUCUACACUCUGUAAAGUUAACUGGCCCAAUUCAGAGGAAGGUACGAUUUAUCAUUAUGGGGAAUCUGUUUUGUUCAGAAUAUACCAUUCAUAGACGCUAUGACUUGAAAGGAUCUUCCCUUGGUCGCAUAACAGACAAGCCCGAUACAGAAAUUAAUGAAUACACUAUUCUUAAAGACCUUGAUCUUAAUUUCAUAUUUAGGCUACACAAGUCUUGGUUUCAAGAAUUCUGCAGACAAAUUGAUAGAGAUUGCGAGUUUCUGGAGCAGGAGAGAAUUAUGGACUAUAGUCUUCUAGUAGGUCUUCACUUUAGACAAACUACUGUACAUGGGGAAUUGAUUCCUUCUGGAGCUCCAACUCCUGCAGCUGAUCCUGAGAGUACUGAAGCAGUUAUUCCUCGACUUUCUAGAGUAGACAUGGAUCAACUUCUCCUCGACCCAGCAAGGUGGGCUAGUAUUAGGUUGGGUGUGAAUAUGCCAGCACUUGUGGAAAGAACAGUGAGAAGAAAUGAAUGUGAAUUUCAGCUGAUAGGAGAAGCAACUGGAGAAUAUUACGAAGUUAUAAUGUUCUUUGGAAUCAUAGACAUACUUCAAGAUUACGACAUUACCAAGAAGCUGGAGCAUGCAUAUAAAUCUUUCCAUUAUGAUCCCACUUCAAUUUCAGCUGUUGAUCCAAGGCAAUAUUCAAGGCGGUUUCGAGAUUUCAUACUCAAUGUUUUUGCUGAAGAUGCUUGA